AUGGAAGAAAUAGUUCAGCAACAACAGCUAGAAGAGCCUGAAGGAAACGAACAAGUCCCUCCUUUGGAAACUAACUUCACAGAACUAGAUGAAGAUUUGGAACAGCCGAAAAAUCUUGACCCUCAACAAGAGUAUGCGGAGAAUAUGGAAUAUUUCCAAGAGUCUAAAAAAAAUUCGGCUGACAUAGUAGAAGAAUAUCGAAAAAUGUUUGCCGACAUACAAAAGACUCCAACACCAGAUGAAAAUAUUCAGCAUAGAAUGGAAGUACUGAAAGAAAAUGUACACAAAUACAACAACCCUUUUUACUUACGAGCAUUUAACGUUCAAUCUUCGGAUGAACUCGGUGAAAAUAAAAGGUUAAAUUUCAAGAAAACAUAUAGAAAUGAAACAUUGUUUAAAGUUCAUUCAGAACCUAACCAAGAUGGAAACAAACCUACUUUUGUUUCUGCAGACGAUGGAACUACAAUGAGAUGGGGUCAUAAAGCUAAUCCGGAUAGGUGGUUCAUAAACUUACAACCACAAUUCCAAGAAGUUGUAGACGCAAUGGAAGUCAAUGGUGAACCAGAUAUAGCUGGUAUUUUAAGCGCGGCUUUAAUGCCAUUGAAAGAUAUGAAACAUGCAGAUAUUUUGGACCAGUAUGAAAUGAACAUGGCUGAUGGAAAUAUAACACCUGACGUUCUAGAACAUUUAUCUCAAAGAACUACACAGAACCAUAGAGAUGGUAUAUUUGGUGAAGAGUUUAGAAAGAAAGUUAGGGAGAGAGAAGGAAGAGAACCUAUUGUACAUGACCUUGCAAACGAAAGUUUACAAAAUGUCAUAAAAACUUACUUUGCAGACGAUGAAUCGAGAAGGGAUGAAUAUUUAAGAAAACUCAAAUGGACAGUACCAAAUGAAAUGUUAGUAUUGAAAAACAUGUUCCUUGACAAAAUAAAACCAACUACAGAAAUAAACGACGCAAGACUGAAAGAUUGG